AUAAUCCCUCCAAGGCGUUGGUCUCAUUAAGAGGUGUUUUUUACUCAUCACCACUUGGACAAUUAUUAAAGCCUACAUUUGAGGAUAGAAAGAUUAAAAACGAAGCAGCAAUGAACUACUUGAACGAUUUUCUACAUAUGAUGUACAAACCUAUAGUGGAGGGUGAAUUGCAGGUAACUAGGUAGCAAAGAAUGAAAACUGAACUUGUGCAUGUGUAUGAUGCAACUACAUUAGAAACAAGAACAAACUCGGCGCUUCGAGCGAAGGGCCUUCGUCUGGAGGUUAGUAGCGUGAGUGAAGAAGGACGUUUGUGCUUCCACACUAGUGCAUUCAGAAGCGACUACAUUAUAUACAUUAAUAAGUUUAAAAUUUUUUCAAGCCUAUGUUACAUUAAUAUUUAUACCUGUUUUCCAUGAAUGCUGUGUUUAUCGAAUAUGAUGUUUUAACAAUUGUCGAAAUUCGGUAAGAGAUUCCGUAUGUCAGAAAAUUGCUAAGUAAGCUGGUCUAUAACACUGCACCACUAUAGCUAAAGCUAUUUUUAAGAUUAUUGGUGCGGGGUAAAGGAGCAGCGAGUUUGUUCACGGAGUCUCGAAAAAUAUAAGGAGUUACAUUGUUUGGAUUAGUAAAUUUGGAACAUAGAUAUUCGGGUGCAAGGUUAUUCAAACAUUUGAAAACCAUCAACGCUUUUUGAAAUUGGCGUUGUUGGUUUAGAUCAUCCCCCCCCCCCAGCUUUUCCAAUAAGCUAUUGGCAUCGCCGUCAAAGUUGGAAAAGGUCAAAACCCGUAUUGCACGGUUUUGAAGUUUUUGAAGUUUGUUAAAGAUAAAGGUUUACCAUGCACAAUUUCCCCACAUGAGAUUACAAUAAUCAAAAUGUGGUUGUAUUAGAGCUUGAUAAAUAACAUGCCAUGUUUCCAAUGAAACAAACUUAACCGCUUAAUAACACUGAUACCAGAAGCAAUUCGUUUUGUCAUUUUAUUGAUAUGACCACUCCAAGUAACAUUUUUAUCUAAUAAGGCACCAAGUGAUUUUGUUGUCGAAACUCGGUCUAACGGAAUUCCAUUUAUUUCAAAAGAAGGAUUGUCAAAAAGAGUACUUUGUCUCGACCCAAUUAACAUGUACUCAGUUUUAGAUAUUAAUUUAUUUGAUAUUAACCAUUUAUUAACCAUAAAAUUGAAUAGUGUUUAUAUCGCUACCAGAAUAUAUAAGAUUAGUGUCAUCUGCAUACAUUCUGGGAUGAGAAUUAGAUAAACAAUUUGGUAAAUCAUUAAUAAAUACCAGAAACAGGAGCGGUCCUAGGAUCGUUCCUUGACGAAUUCCGCACUUAAGACUACAUUUUUUGAAAAGUGACCCGUUAACAAAACAUUUUUGCCUGCGGUCUUCCAAAUAUGACUUGAACCAUUUUGUAGGCAACUCCGUGAAUUCCAUAGUUUCUGAGUUUAGACAACAAGAUCUCAUAGUUGACCGUAUCGAAAGCCUCUUUCAAGUCUAGAAAUACCACGGCAUUAAUAUUGCCGCGGUCAAUAUUGUAAGGCCAACUAUCGGUGACCCCAAUUAAGUAAGGCCGUAACCGCGUUGAAUGCAAGGAACGAAACCCGGACUGGAUUAUUAUUAUUAUUAUUCGGAUAGCAAAUCAUGUUCUAACAUGUAUGCAUAAAGUUGAUUGUAAAUUAUUUGUUCAAAGGCCUUGGCCAUUACUGAAAUCACAGAAAUUGGGCGGUAGUUAUUCAUUUCAUUCCGUGUACCUUGUUUAAAGUGCCUAUGCGACAAUUUUUUUAUGAUUGAAUUGGAAAGUUCAUUUAAAAUCAUAAUAUAACUUGUUUUCUAAAACUUUAUAAUCUUUCUUGUAUGUCAAGAUUUUCGACUUUGUUUGAUAUACAUAUGUGACUUAAAUGACGUCACACUGCAUAAUGAGUUUUUAGAAAGAAAACGUUUCCUUGCCAAACAUGUGAUAAUUCCACUGACAUUGAAAGUUAUAUACUUUAGGAGCUAUCAAAGCGAUCAUUUUGUCUGUUAAUUUGAGAUAAUCAGAAUUUUAACAAGCUACAACACAGACUUUUCUACAACGCAUUAUGCAGUGUGACGUCAUUUAAGUCACAUGUGUAUAUCAAACAAAGUCGAAAAUCUUGGCAUACAGGAAAGAUUAUUUAAGAAAUAGAAAACGAGUCGCGUGCGUUUAUGGUGUGAUAAUGCACGCGGGAAAUGUUGGAAGAAUACGAGAGAAGCGUGUAAAACACGAGGCGUAGCCGAGUGUUUUACACGCUUCUCGAGUAUUCUCCGAACAUUCCCCAAGUGCAUUAUCGCACUAUAAACGCACGAGACGAGUUUUUCUAUUUCUUUUAUAAUAUAAGUAGAAGAUAUUACAUAGUAAACAAUUUUACUCAAAAGAUCGACGUUGAAAUUCUCCUUACAUGUACUCAGUGACGUCACGCCCAUGCUUUUACUCAUUCACUGUUGCUUGAAUUUUUAAGCGAGCGAAGGAGCAAAAUUGUCAAAACAAUAUACAAACUUUUGAUCCUAUAAAGCCGGAAAAAUUGUUUAAAAUAGUGGGGAAAAAAAGGAGUGAUACACAGACUAACUUGCCAAAAUUUUUCAGCAUCUGGGCUGCUGGAUUUGCCAUGAAAGACGAUAAAUCGUAGGUUUCGUCGCGUUUAAACUCAGUUUUAAUUUUCGAAAUUAUUGUAUUUUUUAUCUUUAAUUCGCCGAAAAUAUAUCUAGCAGUUAUUAUCAGAAGAAUUGAAGGUACUUUCUAAAUCACUUGUAUUCAGUUUUUGUUGCCUUUUUGUAUGUAUUUGAUCUUCCAGCUGUAUCUUUUUCAAGUUUUUUUCCCAACUAUUUUGUACGCUUUUACGCAAAACUUGUCGAGACAACAACAAAUUCGACGAAUACCAAGCCGGUUUAUUCUACACGUAGAACUAUAAAAAAUUGCUUUGUUCCUUUGGUCUAUUCCUUCUUGCUUUCUGGUAAAUUUUGCAUUUUAAAAGCUCUAUAGUUUUGUUUAUAUUUUUGGCUAAAAAGCAGAGAUGAAGCGGGGGGAAAAAACAGAGAAAGAGCAAUUAAGCAGUGCUACAGAUCACAGUGCAUUAUUGCGUCACAAUGCACGUGCAUUAGCCAAUGAAAUCGUCUGUUAUAUCCCACUUAUAUUAUAAAAAGUUUUAGAAAACAAGUUAUAUUUUUAUUAUGAUUUUAAAUAAACUUUGAAAUUCAAUCAUUAAAAAAAUUGUCGCAUAGGCACUUUAAAGAUUGGAGUAACUUUGGCGCAUUUCCAAUCUUCAGGAAAUGUACCCAAUGUUAAAGAAAGAUUAAAAAUAUUGUUUAUGGAACUAGAAAUAAGAUCAGCACUGAUCUACAUGAUCAUUGUUAGUUUGCGUGAAUUGAAACUUUUGUCAGUGUUAAUGAAAUAAUCAGUGUAACUCGUAUGACUACUACUCACUGGAAUUUCACUAGCAAGUUUAGGUCCUAUUAUCAAAAAAUGCUCAUUAAAUGCAUUAGAUAAAUCUGAUGCAUGGGUUAUCAUGAUGCAUCUUUUUUAUUUACGAGAGGUCAGGUCAUUGAUAAUGUAAUAAAUGCAUUUCUAUAAUAGGACCCUUUAGCGACCUAUUACCUAUAAUGAAGAAAAUUUUGAUCCAGAUAAUUUUAGACAAGCAUUUCAUCACAGCUUGAAAGAACAUCACAAAAUUAGUAAUAUUCCAAAGUUUCGUUGCGAAAUGUAGUAAAAUUAAUGCGGAUAAUAUAUAGCCCUGCGAAGUUUUCCGUUUUUCGGUCAUUUUAUAUUACGCACGGGAAAUUGAUACGGCUUUCUGAAAAAAUUUAUCAAUUUCCCGCGUGUAAAAAUGUUUUAAAAAACAUUUUUAAAAUUGCUUCCGCACAAAAAUGGUAGGCUUAAAACGUAAUUUUAAUUCGAAGACAAAUCAACUUCUGGUUUGUUGAAGGAUUCAAUUUUAUACAUGGAAAUUUUGAGCAAAAACUAAUGAAAAACGGUUAAUAACCCAAGCUUUCUUAAAUUUUCGGCUGCAAUUAGCCAUCAUCAGAGUAUAUGGCAAGAGUCAUUACACCUCUAUUUAUAAUGUUAUCGUCCCGUUUGAUUUCAUCCGUUAAUGUGGAAUAACAUGCCGGAAAUUCAGUAUGUUCAUUAGUCGUGUUUUCAUUAAAACCCCGCACAGACGAGCAAUUUUUCCUUGACAAUUGUUUUUUUGUCAAGUUUUAUUUUCUUGUGUGUAUGACAAAAAUUGACAAGUUUUCCUUGACAAGGAGGUUCAAAAGCUGGUCAGCCAGCUUUUGAACCAGGAAAAUUGUUCCUGUGUACGGCCGAUCAGGAAAAAUUGACAAGGAAUUGCUUUGAUUUGAAGAUGCAGUAUUAAAGUUCGAUUCGUCUUCAGCCCUAUAUAGUAGAUAUACAUGAAGUAUUUGGACGUUUUGGCAACAUGCAGGCUCGUAAAACAGGUCACGGAAAAAUUGAUUAAAAAAAUUGUUUGUCGUGCACACGAGAAAAUAAACUUGACAAGAAACUUGUCAAGGAAAAAUUGCUCGUCUGUGCGGGGCUUUAAAGAAUGGAGUGUACUGUAUAGCCUGUAAGAAAAUACUUUCUUGGUAAUUCUUUAUUCCCUUUUCUAGCAUGAUAGCGUCUUAUUCUAUUGAUUCAGUACAUUCAGCGCGUUCCUUUAUUGUCGAAAAAAUCCUCUUUCUAAUUCCCGGUUUGUGUUCUUACCACCGUGUUGCCGAACAUCUCUUCGAGUCGAAGAAACUUCAAGAAAGAGGAUUUUUUUCGACAAUAAAGGAACACACUGAAUGGCGCUGCCAAAUCAGACGCUAUAAUACUAGAACACUUAACAUAACACUUGCAGAACUAGUAUUGUUCAAUGCUGAAUUAAUAUAAACCAGUAUAUUUAUGACAUUCAUGCGGUAUAGAGUUCAUAAUUUCCAGUCUUAAAUCCGUUUGACCGUGUAGCUCAGUUGGUAGAGCGUCGAUCUAGCAAUUCGAAGGUCGCGGGGUCAAAAGUUGUUUAUAAGUUCGUGUGUGAUGCUAAUGGAUUUAGCCUACACCUGCACUUAUUUAAAGGCAACCAAUAUACUCAAAUUUAAAUUACUUGUAAUUGUCUAAUUCGAAACUUAUUUUUUCUUCCACAGUUGAUAAGCGAUGCAGUGCUUGCAACUGCUGUAAAACUACAACAGUCGCUGUAUGAAAACGAGGAAUUUGAAUUGGAUAUUCCUUUCAUUCAUCUUACCUACUCCUUAGUUCAAGCUCGCUUGAUAAACUUUUCUGAACUUGUUCAUGCUGUUCCUGAUCUGGUUCAAACACUUUUGACAAAACGUGAUCAAUUAGAUGUUGGAGAAAUGGUUAGUCCUACCCAUCAUAGUAAAAUACGUUUUUGUACGGUCGAUGUGACAAAUUAGAUGAAUGAUAAGGGAAAUAUCUUUGGGAGCUAGUACUGUAGUAACCAUUUUCAAAAUAUUGGCGAAAAUGUCCAUGUAUGUUUUGAGGUACAUAUUGGUAUAACAGGUCACAUUUAAAAAGCAUUCAGAAGUUCGUUUUCUUACCGUAUAAUAUUUUGACAUGCCGGGAAGAAAAUGCACCUGUUGAAAGUAUACAAUAAUACAAGAAAAAUUCCAAAAAUAUUCGUUCCUCAAAUUUUAUUCAAAACGUAAAUUUUGUGUAUGUUUUGAGGUACAUAUACCUGUAACUUCAUUAUUCUGUAAUUAUUGCUGAUAGGGAUUAUACUGUAGAAGUCGAAAGUUAGAUUACACGCCAUUUUGAUUACACGAAUUCACAUAGUAAAUCAGUUCUUCUGAUUUCUUCAAAGCAAAAUUGCUUGAAAGCUCAUUGUAUGAAACGAUUACCUUUUCAAAAUUGCAUGCAUAGCUAUGCGCCUCUAUUACUUUUCACAUCCUUGAUUACCUCGGUAUUGAUGAACUUUAGACUUUGCUAAUUAUUUCCCUUCCCUGCGUGUAAAUAGCCAAGGAGAAUUAAUACCCUUACCAUGCAAGACUUGCGCCCGGAACGGCACUCUGCGCGGUUGGCCCGGAGACAAAAACUGCUAUAUUAGACCAAGGCGUAAUUUGGAAGGCAACUUCAGUGAGGAAUUCGGGUUUUGUGUAUGUAAUUCUUCAUUUACAAUACUUUUAGAUUCUGGAUGUGGUAGCACUUAAAUGUUGCUUGGAGCAAUUGGAACCAAGACGUGAAGAUCUGAAAAACGCUAACAGUAGAUUGGUUUGGUGUAACCGAGUUCAGUGCAUCCGUCCUAUCAUACAAGUUAUGAAAAGUUUGAUUUCAAGACCGUCACAACAACAGCUAGGAAAUGGUGACAGUGAGGCUAGGUUUAUUGCUCAACUUUUUGGAGAAAGAUCUGUUCAUCAUUUACAAAACUGCAGGUGUGUAUUAUUUUAUCUGUCCAUCAUACAAAUGCCCCUCGCGUGGCAUAUCGCUGAGUGGGGUGUUUUUGAAUCCCUAUAGCUAGGGUAAACAACUAUAAGCCAUACACCUUUAAUAAUUUUCCCUAAUGGUUUAAAUCCUGUAAUAGAAAACUAUUUUUAUGCAUUAAUUGGGCGCGACCAAAAUAGGUCAAAAUAUGGGAAAGAUUUAACGUUUGUGAGUUUACAGCAACUAUGUUUAACAUCAGGCAUGUUUUGGCUAGUUUUUAAUCACAUGAAUAUCUCCAUCUUGGUAGCAGAUGACGUCAUCUUUGGAAUAUAAGAAACCACGCGGAAACUUCAGAUUACCCCUGACGAAGACACUAGACUGGAGUAUCGAAAUCUUGGAAUUGUCAAUGCAUUUUGAGUGGGCUAGUGCGCUGUGCGCAUUCAUUUACUUUAAAACCAGAGGGCGAAAACAUGACGAAUAUGGGAAAGGUUGAAGGACGAUGGCUUGGCAUAUAUUGCAUGAUGAUCCUGGGCCUAUGGGCCAUGUUUUGCAUGAUCUACCUUUAGAGAUUUAGUUUGUCUGCCUGCUAAUAUAUCAUGACGCAUGACAAAUUUAAAGACAGAUUAAACUCAUACUGUCAUAUUAUUUAAAUUAAGAAGUAGAAAACAAGCCCCGUGCGUUUAUGGUGUGAUAAAACACGAGGGGGACGUUGGGAGGGCUUACUGUGUGACUACUUAUACAAACUUUUCAGGUCGCAAAUAAUACCAAAACCAUGAUAGAUACAGGAACGUAUUGUUUCUUAUAGAAUUAUGUGGAUUCGUCUGGAUGUUGUACGCAUGUUUAUUGAACAUACAUGUCCACCCGGACAGUCAACCCAUCCAACAAGUGCAAACAACGCUUUUCUACUCUGGACGGUAAAAUCUAACAGUACUUUCCAUUCCAAAUGUAUUGUAACGAAACGUAUAUAUAGCGCACUUCUUGUUUUGCAAACACUAGAGUAGAACCAAUAACUGCAUUACCACAAAAAACCGUUCUUGUACGUUUCGAAAUGGUUGAUGUGGAAAUGUGGAAAUAAAUUAGUUAUGUUCACUGAAAAUCUUGCAUGCACAAAAUUGUGCAAAACUGAAAAAUAAUAAUAAUAGUUUAGUGAUGGAGAACGCUAUUAAGAUUCUAGACAAUACACAUGCAGAAUCUGCGAAGGUCACACUAAUGUGCAGAUUACACACAAAUUAUUCACUUUAAGAUGGCAUUUGCAUAAUUUGUGUACGUUCAUCAUUGUUACAUAAGACUUCAGCGCAGCAUGCAUGUUGAGAAGACACUCUCCGACGUCAAUCUCAGUAUUUACCAUUUCAUGACAAUUAUGUGGCUAUAUGAGACCUAUUUGUGACAGGUACAUAAAGGUUAAAUUGAACAGUUUAUUUUGAGACUGAGAACUUCCAUUUAAUUUUGCAGGCUUUAGGAGAAAAUAUUGACUUUUCAACUGUCCAUACCAUGACGGCGAUUGAGAGAUUCCUAAAGAGUCGCAGCGAUGAAAUGAGGGAACGAUUGAUCAGGUUGAUAUUAAAUACUCAAUGUAAAAGUGUGUAUUACAUAAUAUCUGGAAAGUAGACGGGAAAAAUACCCUCUAUAACAUAGUUUUGUAACCUUGUAUACCCAGGUUAUUUUGGGUACGAGGUUGAUAGUUUUCUUAGGAGACGAGCCUGUAUGAGAUUUCCCAAAAUUAACUCGGUAUUAAACGAGUUAAGAAGAACAAAUUUGGUAUCACAUAUUAAUUAGAAAAAGUUGCCAUUAAAGACCGUUUUCAGUGUAGAGCAGGUUCUUGUGCUAAGCUGAGAAAAGGCUUAACCAAAAAUUUUAAUUCGCUUUUUUAGAUUUGACAUCAGUCGGUGUGAGAUUUGCAAGAGUCCUCUCCAUGACCCAGUUCAAAUGCCAUGUGAGCAUAUAUGUUGUAUGUCUUGCGCAAAAGGUUGGUUUCACAAACAUAACAUAUGUCCCAUGUGCAGGAAAGAAGUUGGUGGCGACUUCAAAGUUAAAAUCAGUCAAAAAUGCAGGUAAAGUAGAUUAGUGGAUUUUCUCUUUAUUGCCUCUUCAAUAUGAUCUUUUUUUUAUCAUAUAUUUGAGCCCGAGCCCACACAUCUUCAUAUUCACAACCACAUCUUCAUGUUCACUGUCUGGCCAAGUUGUAAAUCGCCUUUGGCCAGCACAUCAUUAACACAGCAGAUUCUGCUAACUGUUCUUGCGGCGCUAUUCAAACAACGAGCCAUGCCAUCGAAUCCUCCCAGCCGAGACCUGGGGACCACUGAUGACUGGCUCACACGCACGGCAAUGAUGAACUAUCGUGGUAUUUUUAUUGUAGAGUUAUUCUGAACUAAAUUUAACUCCAAAUGUGGAGUAAAAUUUAGUUCAAAAUAACUCGACAGGAGUUAAAUUAACUCCCUAAAAUUAACACGUGGUUGUGCUUAAUAUGGCAGCAAAAAGAAGAAAGUUUAAUAUGUCUGAAGUGAUUCAACGAAAUUAAAUUAAAUUUGGUACAGUUGGUACGCGCACUUAAGCAAACGUUUUUAAAUGUUUAUGUGAUUGUCAUAGAAACACACUACACUUAGUUACCAGGUCUCUUAUCUUAACACUUUGAAACGAACGAAAGUUUCGUUUAUUUUCGCAAGGGAAUAGUUUAUAUUUACUACGGCACUUACAAAAAAAAAGGAUUAAAUGCAAAUCACAAAAAUUGCUUUCUAUAUUUUGUUUGAAGCAAAGUUUAGGCAAUAGGAAAGUGAUACUUGGUUGUACGAUAUAACCACAUAAAAUUCCAAAAUUUUGCUUAGAUGUACUUACCAACUAUACCAAAUUUCAUUUAAUUAUUCAAGCACGUUAAUACGUUAGGUGAAAGCACAGCCCGAAAAUAAGUAAAACACACACCAAAUCAUUGCGGGAGAAUGGGUUCCAGGUGAAGUGAACCAAUUGUAUAUUUUAUACUCUUAAAAUCUGGUCAACCCAAAGACUUAUUAAGCCUUAGGUUUUCAUCCCGUAGGGGUAUAUAUAAGACCUGCUAGGAGAAACUGAAUGCCCCAGGGGUGAUAAUCCCCGAUAGGGCCCUGCCAGUAGCGACCCCUUCUGGUAGCGACCCCUUCUGACAUGGACCUGAAACAAGGGGUGAUAAUCCUCUUGGAUAGUACUUACGAUUCGACUGAUUAUAUUUAUAAGUAACCUGAGUCUAUGGAAACACUUCAACCCCGAACCAAAAUUUAUUUGUUUUAACCAUAGCCUAUCGAAGGGAAGAUGGCUGUGAAACUCAUUAGAAUAACAAUAUAACUCAUUAUCUAUGUUAGUGAACGUUUAUUCAAAAAUCUGGUCGUUUCACCGUCACGUGUGUAUUGCAUUUUUACCAAAUCCACCAAUAGCAAUUCCCAGUUUCCCUAUUGUUCGAGUCACAGAUAGGUGACUUUCCGAAAACAUUGCUAUUGGUUAGUUGGGCAAGAAUACAAUGCACACGUGACGGUGAAGCACCAGAUUUAUGAAUAAACGUUGACAAACAUAGAUAAUCAGUUAUAUUGUUAUUCUAAUGAAUUUCACAGCCAUCUUCCCUUCGAUAGGCUAUGUUUCAACAUAAACCAAUUUAACUAUUUGCAUAGCAAUAAUCUUCCAUAAGAAAAUUGUUCGAUAGUCUUUCUUGACACUCUUGUGGCUGUUGACAAGCUUAUCCUGUCACUAUGAGGUUAUAUCCAGGUUUGAAGGUGACAAACGUAUUGUUUCGUUAACUUUAAUUUAUAUAUUGUUAUAUAUAAAUUUGCUUUAAUUUCAUGCCGUCUUAAGCACAACCUGUGUCGUCAAAACAGCAAAUACAAAAUACCGAAUAACUUGGGGAUGUGAUCAGCUAGGCCAUUUUUCUUAAUUUUCAAGAUACUUUCAAGUGAUGCAUCAGAAAUGGAGGAAUGUUUUGUAUCAUAUGUGUCUGCACUUUAGAAUUAAAUUGUGCCAGAAAUACAAGCACAUGUCAAAUAUGGAAAAAUAAGUACGCAGAGCGUACAUGUGUUAGCCUCGGAAAGCUUGCCUAAAAAGAUUGCAUGCAAAACAACAAGGCAGAAAGCGCAUAGCAAGAUGAGGUCGUGCUAUGCAAGUUAUUGCAUUAUUCAAAUAGUGCAGGUUUAUUUGCAUAGCAUGACCAGUUGCCAUGGCUAGCUUGCCACUGAAUACCCAGUGCUACAAUAUAUCAUGUAUAUAUAAACAAUAAUACUUGAAUGAAAGAAUCUCCACGAGGCUAUUGACCCUUGACUUUGUCUCGGUGAAUAUUAAUUCCUGAUAAUCAUCUCGCCUUCGGCGAAUAAUUGUUAAAUGACUAUGUUGGCCGGUAAGAUUAUUUCAUGUUAUGCUAACAGUGGACAUAUAUCUGAUAUCUCAGAGAUAUAUUUUUACAGACCGUCUUAUCUUGUACAGAUUUAAUCGGUUGACAUGUUAUUACAUGAAUAAUACAUGUCACUGCUGGUAAGUUAUAAAUAUGUGCAGACAACAAUGUGAACAAUCCACACUGGGUAGUUAUAGGUAUAUCUUUAACACAGCAUUUCGCGUUUGUUUUUUUAAACGUGAUGAAAGCACAUUGACAUCUAGAAUGAAUACUAUAUAUAAACUCAUCUCUUUGGCACAUUGCCACACAAACAAAUAAACUAAAAGUAUAUAGUUUGACUGCUUGUAUACUAUAAAUCUCGCUAUAUUAAAUAUAAAUUAAUUAAGACGAUCCGUGGACGAUUUAUAAAACAUGCUAUUCAUGAAAUCAUAUUGUUUCAAUACUUCUAUAUCAACACUAAACAGCAGAUCUAAAUAUAAAUGCCUUCAUGUAUACACCUGAAAGAAAUAAAGCUAUCCUUACCUGAAUUAUUCGAAUUAUUGUCGAUCGUUUGCAUUGUGCUGUAAAAGUACAGUACGUACUCUAAAAACAAACAAUCGUUGAAUGCUCGGCCUGACGACAAUUUCCGAAAUGUAUAAUAAAAAAACAUAGACGACAAUUUCCGAAACGACCUGACGACAAUUUCCGAAAAAUCAUCUUAACACCCUGACACAAAAACACAGUGCAGCGCGAACCUAUGGAAAUUAAAUUUCUUAGUCACCCAUUUUCUGUUUUGUAUAGAAACUGCGCUGUACAACAAGUUUCAAAGUGUUUUGUUCUUUUAGCUCCUUCUGUACUUGAAGUUUAUAGCAUGCUAACAUUAGGUUUUAAUUUUCUUUUAAAGACGUGCUCUUGAGACCUACAACAGUUUUCGUAAUCGCUGCAAGUCAUUUUUUAUGGAGCUUGUCUCAGUAUAUUGCUUUGGAGAGCAGUUGCCAAAUCCAGAUCUAGUUCAAAAAUUUAUUGGCUACGUGAUCAGGGACGAAAAAAGAACUGAAGAUUUUACACCUUUUGGCGGGCAAGGAAUUGAUGUCACGCCUGUUAUCAGAUCUUAUAUUUUACAGCAACUUCUAGCAAUAAAGGAAAGGUAUGUUGUUAUCACUUGUUGGUUGAAUUUCUUUUGAUAUGUUAAAUAUGAUAUUACCAAAUGACAUAACUUGUCGACAUGCUAUACUCAACUGUGGGUGGUACAGACGUGUUCAGCGAAAUGUUUAGGGAUUUGACUUAGCUGAUCGAUAUUCUUACUAUGUUUACACUAGAGCAAAGUUUCCGUUUUCCUUCAUUUCAAGUAAACGGGCUCGCGAGGGGUUUACACAGCCUAACACAGCGAUUGUCAAUGCGAUUAACACUGUUAAUAUAGACCGCGAGCAGUCCCUCGGGAGAAAGGAGGGACCGCCGACAACACAUCAAGAAACGAAAUACGCUCACAGUCUCACCUGCAUGGUCUCACUUUUCGCUCUUGUCAAGUUGGCUCCGCCUUUGCAUAAACAUUACUUAUAACCAAUUAAAUCUAUUCAAUAGGAACCGUUAAUGUCAUGUUUAUAAAUAAAAGUAUAGCAAUAACAACCGACAACAACAUUUUCAAAUCUGUUUUAAAAUAAAUGUAGUGUUUGCCACUUGUCACUUGUGAAAUCAACUAUAUUUUUUACAGUUGUUAACUUGCUAGUUUUGUUCUACCUGAAUUUUUAGAAUGCCUAGGUUUACUUUUCGGUAAAUUUAAGCGAUUUAUAGGUUUAUUGUCAGCAUAGGUUUAUUUUAGUCAACAGUUUACACUCAAAUCGAAUGCGCGCGCAAUAAAAACCGGUUUGAACCGGUUUACUUCCAGUUUAUUUCGUCCAGAAUUUUGGACGAACAAAAACACAAAAACGGCAGAGCCUUAUUUUCUACACAAUGGGAAUUAGGCUUUGUUCUCGGGGUAGUUUUGUGGUGGUGUUAAACCGAUGCUUGGAUACGCCAAAAUGUUUUGUACGAACUUAGUCCCCCUGUCGGAGACAUCAGCCCGUCUGUCGGGGAAUUCCCGGAGCCACCGCUGGAUAUUUUUGAGAUCAGUGAUAUCGCCAACCAAUUAACCAUGAAAAUAGCCAUGCAUCCGCGAUGAUUGAUUAACUUUUGAACCGUUAGCUCUUCUUUAUGCUGGGUGCACAUAGCCGAGCCAAUUCAGCAUGAGCUCGACCUUUGAAUUUACUAUAUGAGUAAUUUUUUAAACACGUCCGAAAUUAUCAGUACAAUAAAUUCGCACAAUAACUUAUUGGGAUAGAUGAACCUAACCCUAAUCUAACCCCAACUCUAACCCUUAACCUUAAUAUAAUCUUAAUCUAACCCUAGUCUAAUCUUAGUCUGACACUAAUCUAAACUUGAUGACCUUUUUUAAAUAAUUCGACUAGUCCGACUUAUUUUUUUAUUUUUUGAUAAGUUAAUCAUCCAAAUAUUGUGAACAUUAUUUUCAGAGAAAAGGAAGUAUACAAACAUUUGGAAGAAUACCUUCAUCGUGCCAGAGGCUUAGCAGAACAAGGAGAACAUUUAAUUGAAGUUUGCGUAUUGUGUGUACAGUGUAUGGAGGUACAUCCAGAUAAAUUAUAUACUUUGUUUCGUAUAGAAAUAAUAUAGAUUAUAAUAUACUAGCCACUCACCCAUCAGCUCAUAUACAGCGAGCAAAAAUAAGAUGGUGGCACAAAAACUACAAGAGUUUUGCAAACCAGACAGAAAAUAAAAAAAAAAAAUUCGCUUUAAAAGGGGUCAAAACACAACGAAAAACUUUAGCAAAUGCCUUUUAUUUAUAGAAACUAGUUUGAAUAUAAGGGUUUUUUUAAGAAUUAAUACCAAAAGAGCCACUAAAAAGCAUGCUCAUGGGAAUAUUAAUUGUUUGGGGAAAGUCGCCACGAAAAGCAUAUAAUUUGCAGUCAACAAGCACUUACUUUACUACAAAACAUCGACAUAAAAUAUUUUAAUUAACGUUUUCUGUAGCCAAUGCUGUUCUAAAACCAUUUAUUUACCUUUCAGUUUUAAAACAAAAACACAACUUAAAUUAAAUUAAAUUAAAUUAAAUUAAACAAAAACAUUUAAAAUUUUCAGGCCAAGCUGUGACACGGAUUGUAGCUGAACCAACUGUCAAAAUAUUGCAACAAAGAAUAGUAUGAUAAAACAAGUUAGACUAUAUUAUAAAAGAAUUAUACCAUUUGCUCUCGUCGUAUAUGGCUAAUAGCUGACUUGGUGCUACGCACCUCGUUUGUUAUGAUCAUGCAGCAAAUGCAUGUACGACUUCAGCUCAUGCAUGGUAUAACUGUUAAAUGCACUUGCAUAAUGUGGUACUAAUGAUUGGCGCACAAAUUGUAUGCAUGUCUGUAACUGUAAAUCGCGGUCAUGAUCAUAUUGAAUUUAACCAGGUGUGUAAGGGCUUCUCAGAAUCACACUAAAUUCUAUGCCAUACGUCAUUACACAUAUAUUUGUAUCUAUAGCCAUUUUGUGUGGAAAAACGUUUUACGAGCAUGAAUAUAGUAGAAGGCAUUCUAAUCCGAUUGAAUUUCUUGCUCGUUAUCAUAAAUGGUUUAAGUUUAAGUUAAUUUUUGUAAAGUAAACCGAUCCCCUAACCCCAAUCCCAAACCGUUUAAAUUGUUUUUGAACAUUUACCGGUUGAUUUGCACAAAUCAGAAAAGAAAGUUUUUAAAAAAGUCAAGUCAGACAAAAGAGCCCCGGCCGGAUUCAAACAUUUAUUUUUAUUUAUUUUUAUUCAUUUUUGCACACUUUUACUUCGCAGUGAAUGCCUUUACGAUUACUCUAUCAGCAAGCACACUGAAUAUAAUAGCAACAAUUAUUUGUAUUAUCAAAAAAGAAAUGUCAAAAUUAAAGAAAGUUAAAUGAAUGACUAUCCAAGCCAUAUAUCCAAGCAUGCAUCAAUUAAUGCAUUAAUGUCACUCAUAUGAGUCAUGGUGCAUUUGCAAUAAUAGUCAUUCUUUUGUUGUUUUUGAAAGAGCUUGUUUAAUUUAACGAAAGCAUACUAAAUCUAUUUCCAUGUCGAAUACUCGAUGUUUGGCUUUCUAAAAGAUCAAAACGAGUAAAUUAUAUGGUUUGUAAAUAGAAUUAGAAAUUAAAGUAUACUUGUUCCUUCUAGUUAAUAUACUGCAUGGUUCGUUUUGAAAUAACGAUGAACAUAACGGAUAAUAAAGAUAACAGAAACCAGAUAAUCUCUGAGCGAAAUAAUCGCACCUUUUGUAUUGUACAUUGGCCCUUUCGUACAACAUUAACAAACAGAGCUAACUGCAAAUUUACUUUCGCUGGCUUGGAUUUAUGAAAUUUGGCCUCUUCAAACUUCACUGAAACGUAUUUUUAAAUUAAUGUUGAUUAUUUUAUCUAGGAUGUGGAAACAGUGAAAUUAUUAAAAGCGAAAGGAGGUGGCGAAAAUGUACAAAUCAUAUUGGCAAGCCAGGUGUUGGAAAGAACGUUACGUACUAUCCAUGGUCACCAAAACUCAUUGAAUAUCAAUUGUCUUAGAGAUAUUGCUGGUAUAAGGGCUGCAUUGGAUGUCCUUUCUACAUAUUUAGGCGAUGACUUUGCUGAAAAUGUUAAACGUUUCCAAGCCCUUAGAAAGUGCCUUGAAACAGCAAAAUACCUUUGUAGUGAUUCAAGUCGAUCUGUUUUGCAAUUGUUUUUAUUGAAACAGUUAGUUCGCCAUGACCCUAAUGGGAUUGACGCUGUUAAAGAAAGAUGUAAAAGAACGGAACUUAAAUGGAUUAUGCCGCCACAAUUGGAGGUAAUGCUUUUUUUGCUCCUCUAA